ACGAGACUGUCAGUGAUUCAAGUGAAUCUAUGAUCAGAAGGUAACAUUUUUAACUUUCAUUUUAUUUCAAGUUUGCUUUUCCAUAGGAAAUAUUUUCCACUCCAAGUGUAAACCAUCGAAAUUAUUUUUAUUGCAAUUAAUUGACCAAAUCGUCACAAGCCAGUUUAAUGGAAAUGGGCGUCAUCUGGUUGGUGUUCAAGUGAAAAAUCUCAACUCUUCUACUACUUUCAGUUACUUGAUAAAUAUUUCAAAUAAUUUUUUCGUCUUUUACCGUUUAACGAGAGUAAACUUCAUCCUGUUUAUUAGAUGUGUCCAUUAAUAUCCAGUUAACAAUUGGAAUACCCAAAGUGCCUGUGAUAACUGUAAAGAUGAGUACAAUGGCAAUGUCAUUCAUUAUGCAACAGUUUAUGCCGACCAUUUUGUGAUUUUUUCAACUCAUCUAGAAUGUGCUUAUGACCAUUUGGUUGUGUUAAUUCAGGUUAAUUUAAGAUUAAAUAGUGGCUUACAUUAAUUGACGCCAUCCGAUGUUUCACUAGUCAAUGUUACAAAAAUAACUCAGGAAUCUUCAUCUUUUAUACUUCAUGGAAUGGAUUGAUGAGAUCCAUGAAUGCUGCUGAGCUCUUGUUACCAAAAUUUUCAAAUAAUCACUAAUUGGAAGUUGGCCAAAUGUUUUCUUACUAACAAACGACUGGCAAAAAAAUAAAAGAUUCACCUUCUGAAAGUAAAAUCAAGAAAAGUGAAGCGUCAAUAAAAAGUGGUACUUUUCAUAUCGGUCAAUUGACUCAACACCCGAUUCCUUCAUUUUAACCAGAUCACAUUCAAUUGGAAACUCAAUGUCACUGUUUCUUGCAUUCAAUUGAAGUUUAGAUUGCUUUAAAUUAUUUUGUAGACAUAAUCGUAUUCAUCUCUUGAAAUUGUUUCCUCAUGACACCGAUUUCUUGACAUUAUUUUUGCAUCUGUCAAGUAUAAUAAGAGCUUUUUAAUGGACUGCUUAACCAAUUAUUUUGUGCUAUGCUGAUGGCUACUCUUUUGGUGUUACAAUGUCUUCUAAAAGCUAUGGAUGUAUUUUACCAAAGUUUUCAUCUUCCAAGGUUUCACCCAAAAUUGUCUCUCCAGGCUUAGAUCCACCAAACGAUCAUCCAACCCAUUCAAAUCACCAGCAACAGCAACAGCUGCAACAUCAGCAGCAACAACAACAGCAACAAUUGCAGCAAUAUAUUCGUCAUCAUCGCCAUCCAAGUCAUCGUCGUAAAUCAACCAAAGUAAACUCAUUGCGAUUAAACAUGAUCAAUAUGGGUUUAAUGCCUAUCGACGUUGAAACUGUGAAAAAAGUGUUACCCAGAGGACCAAUGGACUUUACUUCUUUUCAAAAACAUCGUCGUAUGUUUGAAAAAUAUCGAGCUUUAUUAUCAUAUGAAUUUGGGGUUGCCACCAAAGGUGAAUCUCAUAGCAUGAGACAUGGACAGAAACCUGGAAAUGGAAUCAAGAAUUGUAACAAGAAACUUUUACCAUAUGAUUACAAUCGAGUUGUCUUGCAACUCUUACCUGAUGUGCCUCAUUCCGAUUAUAUCAACGCUUCUUACAUUGAUAGUAUCAUCAAGCCUAAUGCGUAUAUUGCCACUCAAGGUCCAAAUGAGGACACAAUUGGCGAUUUCUGGAGGAUGGUUUGGGAGCAAAAUUCAUACAUUAUUGUUAUGUUAACCAAAAUAUUUGAUUUUAUACGUGUAAUGUGCUGUCAAUAUUGGCCCAUUGAGACCAACAAACCUGUAAUGUAUGGCCCUAUGGAAGUUACUCUUUUAACUGAAGAACCUUUAGCCGAUUUUACUAUAAGAACUUUGAGACUUCGUCGACCUGGUUCAAGUGAUCAUGUGUCUAGUAAACGGCCAACACCAACUCCGUCCUACAGUAAUUUAAUCAAGAGCACAACCAAUAUCAAUGUUAACCGAAGCAACAUCAAGCUCGAACAAUUGUCUGAGAUUGAGGAAGAGGACAUUGAAGAGCUGAUUGGACCUGAAAAGGAUGAGGAUUACUUGGAUGGAGAGGAUAAAGAGGAAAGAGUUGUAUAUCAAUUUCAAUAUUACAAUUGGCCCACUCAUAGUUGCCCCUUUGUCAACUCUCUACUCCAAUAUCGUCGAAGGAUAAGAAUUUACAUGAAUGAAGUUUCCAAAGAAAAUAUUGUCGGCCCUACAAUUGUUCAUUGCAGUGAUGGAUGUGGCCGAACUGGUGCUUACCUUUGUAUUGAUGCAAACCUCGAAUUUUGCGAUGAAGAUAAUUCGUUCGAUAUUUUUGGUUAUACUAAAAAGAUGAGACAAGCUCGUAAAGGGAUGAUUGAGACAAUGGAUCAAUACAAGUUUGUUUACAGUUUCUUAGAAGAAGCCUAUUUAAGCGGUAAAACUUGGUUCCCUGUCUCUGAAUUGGCUCAACAAAUGAAAUAUAAAUCCAUGAAGGACACUUUAACUGGGUUAAAUGAAUAUCAACGAGAAUAUCAGAAAAUUGUUAAAAUGUCGCCAGAAUUCACAAUUGGAGAUUGUGCUGGAGGCUAUCGAAUUGAGAAUCGAGCUAAAAAUCGAGAUGUUGCCAUUAUUCCUCCGGACAAUCAUCGGCCUUAUCUGACAACAUUCCAAAGCAAUGACAGUACCGAUUACAUUAAUGCAGUAUUUGUCGAUGGUUACACUCGAUCUCGAGAAUAUAUUGUCACAGAAUGGCCUUUAGCUCACACUAUACCUGAUUGUUGGUCCCUUAUAUACGAUCACGAUUGUAAUUCAGUAAUUGUAUUAUCACAUCCAGAAGAUAUCCAUGCAUAUCCAACUUUUUGGCCUAAUGAAAAGGAAAAGAGACGGAAAUUCGGUCCAGUUUUCACCGUUGAUUUGGUUUCAUUCAAUCAUUACACAAAUAUUAAAUCAUGGAUCUUCCGAAUAAACAAGAAAGUUGUCUCUUUGACUGAACUAAUGUCUGGAGUAAAAGGAGUACCCAAAACAACCCAAUUUUUCCAGAUAACCUGUUGGCCACAGGGUCAUAAAGUUCCUUCAUCUACUAAUGCCUUGGUUGAGAUGAUGAAUAUGGUUGAAAGGUGGAGACAGAGGACCACUUAUGGACCUGUUUGUGUCAUCGCCGCGAAUGGCCGUAGUCGUGUUGGUGUUUAUUGUGCUGCCAAUGUGGCUAUUGAACAGGUUGUUCAACAUGGUGAAGUUGACGUUUUUCAAGCUGUUAAAACGGUUCGUCGCAAUCGUCCAAAGUUGAUAGAGAAUGAGACGGAGUAUAAAUAUUGUUAUGAUUUGAUUCUUCAUUAUGUCCUUAACUAUCUUAAUCAAAGUGGAUGAAGAGUUUCAUGAUGUCCUAUUGCUCCUGUUGCCUCUGAUCACUGAUCAUACAAGCCAUGAUCUGAAUAUAUGCAUCAAAUGGCCGUUUAAUUGACUGAAUCGCCAAAUGUAUUCAUGACAAUUGUAAUGUUUAUGAUUGCAAACUUACUUCAGGAUCGACUUGAUAACAGUAUCAAACUAUUUAUCAUCAAAUUUCCUGCAAAGUUUGCAAAUCAAAAAUUGUGUCCCUCCAUUUGUAUUAAAUAUCUCACCAAAAAUUGUUGAUUUGGAUGAUUCCUAUGUGACUUAUAUAAUUUUAGCUUAACGAAUAAAAGAUAGCGAUAUUAAAUACCAAA